AUCUUCAUACAAAAAACGUCAAUUAAUAGGUAAACGACAGGUCAAGCGUAAAUGGUCGAUGAGUAAGUAAACCGCCCACCGCGUGAACAUGCAUACCGCCAUGAAAUAUUAUCAUAGAUUCGUAUUGUUGUAUUGCGCGCGCAACACAUGACACAUUUAUUCGGUUUCCGUUAACGUUUCCUUUUUUGAAUUUAAAAUAGUGAACUUAGUGCCAUAAUCAAAAAAAAAAUCCGAACAUAAACUGCAGUGAAUAGUGUUUUCUUAUUCCAAAUUUUGUGUUAAGUGUUGGAUUUAACUUAAGCCUAGAACACACGAAUGCAUCGCUACGAUGUCUCUAUCCACUAGUCGUCAGCAAUUCCUGGCGUACGAGUCGCACGCGGAACAAGACAUUCAUUACAAGAGGAAAGGCGGAGUUUUCAUAUCCACUUGCAUUUGUAUCUGUUUUGUCAUUUUUGCGGCUUUAAUUGCCUCUCUUGUAGGAAUUAUCGUCUACUACAUCACCUAUUAUAAGGUGUCCCAGCAAUCUGAUGACUUUUGGAAUGAAGCUGAGCCUUUUAGGAAAUCAUCAAAACCAUCGCCUGACCUCCGCCUACCAUCAAUCAUCACACCAAGUUUCUACAGAUUAAAAAUAAAAGCUGACUUGGAAACAUCAACAUUCACUGGGGAGGUGCUUAUUACAAUACGAGCCAGCAAGAAGACUACAGAAAUCAUCCUCCACUCCAAAAAUCUGAGUAUCAAUGAAAAUGUUACAUUAACAGAGCAGACCUACCAAAAUGUUCCGACAAGUAAAUUUAAACGAGAGAUUAAUGCAACGGAUAUUGUGGCUACAACUGAACCAACUGAUUCAACAGUAGUCAAUUACAACGGAACUGUAAGCACUGUUAGCAUUCCUACUUCUGAAGUCAAUAAUGUUACGCUAGAAAAUGAUACAAUAAUACCUACUCUACCUAGCAAUGCAGAGACGACAGCAACAACUAAUGUACCUGUUUUAGAAACAACUAUGACUUCCGUUAAAGAAGUCACACUGAGUAAUGUUCGUGAUAUAAAACUAAAGAAUAUGGAAUUUAGCACAGGUGACCGGUUGAUACUUCACUUGGAAACGCCUUUAACUCCUAACGUGGAUUACACACUGCAUAUGGCCUUUCAUGGAGAGAUUUUGAAUACAUUAACUGGAUUCUAUAAGAGCACUUAUAAGGAAGACAAUGUGGACAAGCAGUUUGGGGUGACGCAAUUCGAGCCAACGUCCGCACGGGCCGCUUUCCCUUGCUUUGACGAGCCAGCAUUCAAAGCUAAGUUUGAGAUAAGCAUCGCCCACAGGCAAAACAUCUCCGUGCUGUCCAACAUGAAGAUUGCCGCCCAGGAACCCAUCGAUUCUGAACCUGGAUGGCAAUGGACACAUUUCGAUAGAUCCGUCCAAAUGUCCACUUACCUCGUCGCCUACGUACUAUCCGAUUUCAAACACCUGGAAACCAGUUACAUAAGCAAAGACAAUGUGACUAAACCCAUCCGUGUGUGGGCGCGGCCAUCCCUGAUCAAGAAUGCCAAAUACGCCUUGUCAAUAAUACCGAAAAUUCUGGCGUUUUACGAAGAUGUGUUUGGGUUGCCGUAUGCUCUUGAUAAAGUCGAUCUUGUGGCGAUACCCGAUUUCUCAAAUGGCGCUAUGGAAAAUUGGGGAUUAAUUACUUUUAGAGAGACCACCUUACUGUACGACGAGAAAGAGGGAGUCCCUCGUCUGAAGCAACACGUGGCCAUCGACGUGGCUCACGAGCUGGCCCACCAGUGGUUCGGCAACCUCGUCACCAUGAAGUGGUGGACCGACCUGUGGCUCAACGAGGGCUUCGCCACUUAUAUUGAGUACGUCGGAGUCAAUCACAUCACACCCGAAUGGAACAUUCUGGAAAGUCUCACGAGAGACAAAAUGAACCUACUCAAGAACGACGCUCUCAAGAACACCUCACCGGUGUCCAGGCAAGUGGUGGACGCUUCCGAGAUAUCGCAGAAGUUCGACGAGAUAUCGUACAAUAAAGGCGCCAAUCUUAUCAGGAUGCUCAACCACACGAUCUCAUAUGAACUGUUCCGAGACGCAUUGCUUCUGUAUCUGAAAAAAUGGAAAUACCAGAACGCGGAAGAGAACGACCUGUGGGACGCAAUGUCGGAAGCCACAAAGUCAGAUCCCUCGCUGAAGGGUCUCUCUGUGAAGGAGUUCAUGAACUCGUGGACGCGUCAACCAGGGUACCCGGUCGUGAACGUUAAUAGGGAUUAUGAUACGGGCUACGUAACAUUCCAACAGGAAUUGUUCAGAAACUCGCCGGAGCUUUCAAAGAACAAAGAUCUGAAGUGGAGAAUCCCCAUUAGUUACACCACCAUGGAUGUGCCCACUGGCAACUGGAGCACAAAGCCGAAGUUAUGGCUCAAUGAGAAGACCUUACGACCGCUAUUGCCUGUCAACCAAACACAGGCUUUGUACGUUAAUGUGGAUGCUAUUGGCUACUACCGCGUAAACUACGACCAAAGGAACUGGGAGCUGCUGAACGCGGCACUCGAAUCCAAAACAAUAAGCAGUCCCAUAACCAAGGCUCAGUUGAUCGACGACGCCUUCAACCUGGCCAAAGCCGGGCGCCUCAACUACAGCUACGCGCUGGGGCUCACCACCUGCGUGAUAGACGGCGAGGACUCCAAGAUCGUGUGGGAAACGCUGCUCGACAACAUAUACUACCUGAUGUCCAACUUGAGAGCCACUUCUGGGUACAUAUAUUUCCAAGACUACAUGAAACUUUUGCUUAAGAAACAGCUAGAGAAAGUCAACUACGGCCUCGACAAGCCCAAAAAUGAUAACGAGGCAUUCCUCAUUGAAAAUCUAGUAGUUUCGGAGUGCUUGGUGGAGUCUUCUAGGUGCAUAAAAUGGACUAAGGACGAAUUCGAAAAGUUGAUUGCGAAUCCAGAUUCGACCGACCUGCCGAACUACCUCCGUUCGCUGGUGUACAACAUGGCCAUCAAACACGGCGGGCGCCGCGAGUUUGAGCUUCUCUGGGACCUGUACCUCAACGCCACCGAGCCCAACACCCAGCACACGAUACUGUCCAACCUGCCCGCGACACGAGUGGAGUCUCUGAUUACCCUAUUGCUAGAAAAAAGUCUCACAGACAUACCAAAUCAGAGCGCGUCGAUUCUGUGGGCGGUCGACCCGCCGGUGGGCACUAAGAUCGCCCAAGAGUUCCUAAUGGAACGCUUCGACCAAGUGUACGAAAAGUUCACCAAGAUAGACACGUUCAUGUUCCCGAUUGUUCUGAACUCCGCCUUCGGGAACAUCGCGACAAACGCCGAUUUGGAUAAGCUAAAACGCUUUGCACUUCAAAACAAGGAGAAAUUGAUGCCCAUGUCGCAAACCCUGCAGAAGAUAAUCGACAGCGCCGUACUGCGCAUCAAUUGGAUCAAGAAAUACUCGGCUGGCAUCAAUGAGUGGUUAAAACAGUAUGUCACCGAGAACGCAACGCACAACCACACCAACACGACUCCGGCGCCGACGCUAACUCAAAACAUUACCAUAAACAUCACACCAAGCACUAGCCCAACGUCUAGUCCGCUACUUGAUAUUUAGUUCUAUUAAUAUGCGCGUAUCACCGUCCAAAGAUAAAAUAAACUAGAUAAUAUCUUAAACUAAAAUAUUUGAAUCCUUAAAAUGUAGGCUAUGCUUAGGGAUUUAAACCCAUUUAAACUUAUGUUAUUUUUCAAGGACGAUUUUUUGUAUCGCCCAAUAACAUCUAACUGUGGGCUAGUUACUUCGGUUUUUGUAAUAUAGUAAAACUAUUAAAAACUUCAAAUUAGGAAAAUUAAGCUAAAUUUGCUGUACUCCGCGAAAAGUAGGAGAAUCUGAUCUUCGACAAUUGUACCCUAAUGACAAGGUACCUUAGAGGACAGGUGUGUAAAGAUUGAAGAAAUUAUAAAUUACACCAUACAGAUUCUCCUACUUU